UCUUUUCGUUAACUUAGUCAGAAACUUGUGUAGUUUCACUGGAUAUUAUUCAAAAUACAAAGAUCAGUAAGAAAGAGAACUUCCAAUCGUGGAACUGACAAUGAAGUCAUGAAACAAGCUGCAGAGAUUUUUAUUAAAGAAAAUUCGAGCGAUCACGAUUGGCAAUCAUAAAAGAAAUUAAAUUUUGAUUUGAAUUCGGUUUGAAUCGCAUGCAAUUGUUUUAUGCACGGAUAGCAAUGCGGUGCGAAAUAUUAGAAUCCGUCCGCCGCAUCCUGUUAGCGCAUGGUGUGUGGGUACGAAAACGAUUAGGAACUCGAGGAAAUCGCUCGGAGCGCGAGGGCGAGUGUAUGCAACGACACUGCAAGGACGCGCUAGUGACGUUUCGAAAAACCCUUGGCGCGAGGAGGACGAAGCGUCGGCCAAGGAGUCACUCGCUCAUCAGUUCCCGCGGCAGAGAUAUAUCGUCCUGUGGCCGUAUCGUCCUGCCCGUCACCGCGUCAACUACACCGUCCCCUCACCUCGCCUGCCCUCGUCACCAUGCGGCCGUCACCACCGCCGCUGUCACCGUUUCACCGCUGGUGGACGGUGGCCGUGGCCAUCACCGUUGCCAUCGCGUGGCCGUCAUUGCUGUCCGUGGCCGCUGCGGCCGGUCCCCGCGUGUACACCGCUCCGCUGGACGACACCGGCCGAUCCGUGGUCUACUGGACGGUUGAUUACGCGUUCCGUUCCGUCAAGUUCGAGGUGCACUUCGCGACGGACGGCGGUCACUACGACUGGCUGGCGCUGGGCUUCUCGGACCGCGGCAACUUCACCGGCGCCGACUUUUGCGUCAUGUGGGUCGACUGGAAGGGCGUCACCGGCAUGCUGGACACGUGGACGAACGAUGCGGGAAGAAUUUCAGUUGACGAACGACAGGAUUGUGAUGAAUUCGAUGUUGCUCGAAUUCAUGGAGGAGUGAUUGCUUUGACUUUUACACGGAAAUUCGAUACGUGUGAUGACGAACGCGAUUAUUUGAUCGAAGACGGCACUACCCAUUUGGUGUGGAUGAUGGGCGGUGGUCCGUUGUUUGCGGUAGACGGGUUGCUGGUGUCACAGGCCAGAGCGAAGGGCAUGCAACGAGUUCAGUUGCUGAAAGCGGAGAGGCCGCAGGUCAAGUUGCCAGACAAAGUGUCGGAAGUGGACGUAUUGGCGGAUAAGGUAAAAGUGCCCGCGGAGGAGACGACGUACUGGUGUCACGUGAUGAAGAUUCCAUUGGACCUGUCGUCAAAACAUCACAUCGUCAGGUUUGAAUCGGUCAUCGAAGAGAACAGCCGCGGCGUGGUGCACCACAUGGAGGUAUUUCACUGCGAGGCCGGUGCCGACGACCAGAUGCCCCUGUACCGGGGUCCUUGUUUUUCGGAAAAACGGCCGUAUAAGACGCAAGUGUGCAAGAAAGUGUUGGCCGCCUGGGCAAUGGGAGCUCCUGCAUUCGUCUAUCCUGAGGAAGCCGGACUGCCAAUUGGAGGUCCGGAUUUUAAUAAUUACAUCAUGUUGGAAGUGCACUACAACAAUCCCGGAUUGAGAAAAGGCAUGGUGGAUAGUUCCGGCGUCCGCUUGUACAUUACGCCGGAAGUGAGAAAAUACGACGCGGGUGUGAUCGAAUUGGGCUUGGAGUACACUGACAAAAUGGCCAUACCGCCGAAACAACAGGAUUUCAUACUGAGUGGAUACUGCAUCGCUGAAUGCACGGCAGUGAGUAUUCCACCGACGGGAAUUGAAAUCUUUGGUUCGCAACUACACACUCAUCUGACUGGCACCAAGAUCUACACGAAGCACGUGCGCGAUGGACAAGAGUUGCCGGAACUCAACAGGGACAAUCAUUAUAGUACACAUUUCCAAGAAAUUCGCUUACUCCACAAACCAGUUCUAGUGCUUCCUGGUGAUGCGUUAAUUACCACGUGUCAUUACAACACAGAAAACAGAAAAAAUAUCACACUCGGUGGUUUUAGUAUAACCGACGAAAUGUGCGUCAACUAUGUAUACUAUUAUCCUAACAUAGAAUUAGAAGUUUGCAAAAGUUCAAUCAGCGAUCAAAAUCUCAAAAGUUAUUUCAAAUUCCUGAACGAGUGGGAGAGACAGCGGACGUCACCGGAGCGGGCUGUGAGCGUCAACUACAACGGGAUCGAAUGGACGCCCAUGCGAAGCCGCGUGUUGCACCAGGUGUACGAGGAGAGCACGCUGUCCAUGCAGUGCAACCGGAGCACGGGAGAACGGUUUCCGGGCGACUGGGAGAACAGGCCGUCCACCAAAGUGCUGUACACGCUGCCGCCGCCGGCUAGGAGCUGCCGGUCCCCGUUAUCCACGUAGUCCUGGAAAACCGCUGCAGAUGACCGAACGUCGUGAGCAACAACAUCCUUCCGGCGCGGCACAUUCUCGUCUCUACAUCAUCUUAAACUUCGUACUCGUAGCACGCGUUAUCACUUAUCACAAUAUUACACACCGCCCAUCGCUAUCCACGACACAGUUCUAAAAGACAAAGCUAAUAAGUCUUAUUUCCCUUUUGGAUUUCCGUGGCUGUUUCCUUAGCGAUAUCGUUUUUUCCCAUAAAAUUGUGUUAAGAUAUUUGAACGGAUUGACUUUCUUCGAACGAUUCGCCUUUAAUACACAAUCUAUCCAAUUUCUUAUUUCAAUAAUCAUAUAUUCAGUUUUUUGUUCUUUAAUGUGUAAUCCUACUUUCUGUGCCGCAUCGUUUAGUCUUUCGAAGAACCGCCUUAUCCUAUCUUGAUAUUUUUCUAUGAGCACUCCGUCUUCUGCGUAUACUUAUAUAGACUUUAUACAAAAUCAAAACAUAAGCGAUGAAUACAUUAGUUUAAUGUCUAAAUAUAUACAAAC